AAUAAAACCCUUUUUUUCAGACAAAUUAUUCCCAACCUCAAUAAGGAGUUUAAAAUGAGUCUUGAUCAUGAUACUGACGUGAGUUGAUGAUCAUAAAUUGUAGCCUCUGAUCUUGAUCCUGAUCCUAACCCUUGAUCCUAACCCCGAUAUCAAGAGUCUGAAUCCUGAUCCUGAUCCUGAUCCUAGACCCUGAUACUAACCCAGAUAUCAAGAGUCUGAAUCCUGUUAUGAUGUUUCGUAAAGACGGAGUAGAGAAAAGACUAAGACGGAUAGUGAAAGGGGAGCAGGCGAAUAUCAGGCUUCUGGAGAAACAAGAACAGGAGUUAGAGAAGGCUGUUGAAGACAAUACAAGGCUUCUUGAGUCUCGGCUGAACAAGCAGACCCCCAACGAGAUUAAGAUAGAGAAGGAGGUGAACAAGCUCCAGGAGAAGCUGGACAAGAUGAACUUGGAGCUAGAAAAGCAUCGGGAGGAGAGGGAGAAAUCCUUAGAACCAUACAGAAACCGUGAUGAUGAACUUAAGGAGAAGCUGAAGUUUGUGCGUCUUCAAUUGGAAACUGUACGCGGCAUGAGAGAGCGAAGCAUGUCGUCUUCAUCAUUAAAUGUUUCCGCUCCUGCUUUUGACCUUAUUAGCAACACACAAGACAUCAAGAGUGGAUACUUCUCAUCCUCUCCAUCCUCCCCAACCUCUCCGAACCAACCUCCAUCUUACAAAGAAGCCUUUGGAAUCAACAUUUAAUCUAUUUCUCCACUUUUCCAAUAUUCCGUCCUACAAAAAACCACUGAACCAUGGAUUAUCCAGGGCGUCAUGCAUUUGGUUUCUUCCACUUGAAUUCAAUCCCGUUUUGGUCUGUAAUUCCAUAAUCUUUAAACUUACGGAGUUAUCUAAAAAUACCUCUUAAAUAAAUAAAAAAAGAGAAAGGGCAAAAAAUUAUGUUUAAUAGGUCAAAUUUGGUUUAAGAGUCAUAGUUCUGUAAAAUAAAAAUUAAAAUGUUGAAUCCGCGUGAUUGGGAGAAAACAAAUACUUGAUGAAAUUCUACCAUUGUGUUCAACUUAUUGAACACACUGUGAGAAUUAUUUAUCACUAAUUUCGUCUCAAUAAUAUACAAUAAUCUCUUAAUAAUCUAUUAGAAUUAAUAAUUAUUUUUUGGAUGAAAAUUUGCAAAUUGAUAAUUCCAUAAAAAAGUUUUGAACCCAGUAAAUGUAAAUACAGAUGCUUUUUCAAUUUAUCGCUAACAUGUAUUUGAAAAAAGAUAUUAUUCAAUGAUGACAAAUAAAUGAACAAGUUUA